CAUCAUCUAAUACAAGUUGUGUGACAACUUAUCUAUAUUUCAGCUUUUGAAAAAUGUAAAAUAUUCCUUCAGAGUAUAGCUUUUUGAUAUAUUUUUAGAUAUUAGAUGUCCAAGAAAGUUGUAAAAACUUAUUAUACCCAAAUUUUACAAACUGUAUCCAGUAACAAAUACUACUGGGACCAGCCUAAUAUCCACAAUUAGUGUUUUUUUGCAAUGCUUUGUGUGUGUGUUUAUGUGUGUGUGUGUACAUUUACCGUUGGAACAUUUCUAGCGGGGAGUUAUUUUGAAAUAGCACUGCUGAUGGGGUGGUCCUGUGACCAUGAAAAUGUACCAGAACGCCUUCCAACUACACAGAAGUAAGUAAGGCUUUCUGUUCAUCACCUCUACCGUGUGCUGGAGUUACAUUUAUUCAUUUUGAAUUUCUAUUCAUAAGCAACAGACAUUAGCAAAACUUAAUAGAUCUGAUUUAAUUGGUCUUUACAGAAUUUGACGUAGAAGCAAGGAUGAAUCAGUCGUGUCCGGAGAACAUCACAACGGUUCAGUGCAAUUGUUCGGUCAGUGACUUUAAGCACAGAGUUUACCCAGCUGUCUAUUUGUUCAUCUUCUUCCUGGGACUGGCUGCCAAUCUGGUCUCCUUAUGGUCCUUCAUAAGUGUGAGGAGGACUAAGAAGAGGUUCUCGUCAGUCAAGAUCUUUAUGCUAAAUCUCCUCAUUUCGGACCUGAUGCUGGUGUCCUCCCUGCCAUUUCGAGCAGCCUACUACAUCAUGGAAUCUCACUGGGCCUUUGGUGACAUCACUUGUCGUCUCAUGUCUUUUGUGUUCUACACCAACAUGUAUGGUAGUGUUUACUUCUUAAUGAUGCUUAGUAUAGUUCGCUUCAUGGCUAUUAUGAAGCCAUACAAAUUCACUCAGUUACAGAGUAGCCAAGCUUGGCUGACAUGUGCCUGUGUGUGGCUGGCUGUGUCCUUAACCACAGUCCCUCUGUUAAGUGCAGGCACUUAUCAGGAGCUGUUGGGUCAGGUGAAGUGUCUGGAGCUAGACUUGUCUAGGGUGAACAUCUUUAUCACCUUGAACAAAGUUGCUGUGUGUGUGGGCUUCAUCCUGCCCCUUAUAGUCAUAUCUGUCUGCUACAUAAUUGUCGUUUACAAAUUCCAGCGGCUUAGAAAGGUUCCACAAAGAGAAAAUCAUCAGUAUAAUAAGUCCUGUUUGUUGGUACUCAUGGUUCUGCUGAUUUUUUUCAUAUGUUUCAUGCCUUAUCACGUGGUGCGUACUCUGUUUCUGGAGGCUGAGAAGGAGGUGUAUGAAAAGGGCUAUGAAGCCACAUGUGAAUACAUAGUGUUGAUCAGAAAGGCUGCAGUCCUCACGCUCUGCUUAGCUGCUGGGAACAGCGUCCUGGAUCCCCUCCUCUUCUUCUUUGCGGGGGAAAAUUUCUGGAGCUUUUUGCAGAAGAAGAAAGAAAGGGCCCAGAGCAGAGCUUUUAAUCAGGGGUUGAACGCCAGGAGGGGUUCGUGAUCUGAGCGACUCGUGAAAUAUGGACCAGGACUUGCAGAAAGUCCAUAUAAUCCAACAACAUACACAAAGUCCAUAUGUUCCAAUAAGACACACACACAGAAAUAUCUUCUAAAUAUUUACAAGUACUUAUAGGAUUGCUCAAUGUCCAUAUAUGCCAUACUGCAAUUUCCAUCUAUUGUACAAAAAUGAUAAUGAAAAUUAAAAUGUGACUGUGUGCUUUUCAGUGGAUUAAUAUCUGUGCUAUAACAUUACAAUAUACUCAGCAUUAGUCAUCUAAUGGAGGUUGUAUUGUUUAUAUUUAGAGUCUGGAGACUGAAUUAUUUAUAUUUCUUUACACUGUGAGUGUACACAUUCAGCCUCAUGUUGCCAAAGAUGGAACAUUUUGCAGAAUUUCUUAAAAUUUAUAUUCCUUUAUUUUCUGGGUUUUUACAUUUCAGACAUUAAAGCUCCAGUGUGAACAAAAGGUCAUUAAA